CUUAUGUUCUGCCAGUUAAUUGGAUGUAGUUUGAUCUCUGCUGUCAUACAGUCUUUUGACCUUUUCGAAAGAGAAAAAAAAAAUCUGAGUUCGGAGACUCGAGGUGUGGCCUGACGCAGCGGUCUGUUUGCAGUAGUCAUGGAUCCAUAUAAAGCACCCCAGCUGGUCCGGAGAGCCAGUCCAGUGUAGCAGCUUUACUUGCACCGCAAAGUUGGCAGCUACUCCACGGAGGCGGGGCGAACGGGAAGUGGGGUGGUGAUCAGACUCAGCGCGCGGGCACCACCGCCGCCGACCAUGCCGGAAUCCGACUGGGCGACCAGGCGGAUCCGCAAGGAGCUGAAGCUGCUCUGGAUCGACCCCCCGGCGUUCUGCCGGCCUGGCCCGGCGCCCGUGACGGACCUGUUCCACUGGGAGGUGGUCAUCGACGGCCCCGACGGCAGCCCCUACUCCGGCGGCACGUUCCCCGUCGACGUCGCCUACCCCAAGGACUACCCCUUCAAGCCCAUCAAGCUCACCUUCAAGACCAAGGUGUACCAUCCGAACAUCGGGCCGGAGGGGAAGAUGGCGCUGGACAUCUUCGGGAGCGAGUGGAGGCCUUCUCUGACGGUAAGCACGGCCCUCCUGUCCGUCGUCUCCGUCCUCUACGACCCCCUGCUCGACCGCCCCGUCCGCCGGGACGCCGCCCGGCUGUACAAGCGCGAGCGUGGUCUCUUCGAGCACAAGGCCAGGGACUGGACCCGCAGGUACGCCUCGGCGCCGGUCGCCUCCUUCUAUCCGGCAGUGGAGGAGACGUCCGACGAGGCGGCGGCGGCGGCGGCGGCGGCUAGCAGGGCGGUGGCACGUCGUCGUUCUUGUGGGGCAGGGCAACAAUGGCGCUCCUUCGCGGCUCGUCUCCCAUGCAUCCAGCCAUGAACGCACUCUGCACCACGGUCAUCGCCCAAGAAAAGCACAAUAAAGUUCACCAGAAGAAUCCUCGAUCCGUGAAUUCUGUCUUGAUUACUAGUACUACUUGUCAUGUUUUGUGAUCCAUGAUCCUUGUUGGCUUUGUACUGCGCUGAGGUGAUUGCAACUAGGAGUAAGAGUUGAUCAAUGUGUAGGUCGGUUGCUACCUGUUCCGUGUUCCUAUCCUACGAAUGUAUGUGAGAUUUGGUUGGCAGGUGACGGUUGCUA